CCUACUGAAAAACGAAUUGUCCCGAAGGAUAUAUUAUCGAAUAGAUAUUUGAAAAACACCUUGAGGAUUGAUUAUAAACAACGUUUGCCAUGUUUCUGUCAAUAUUAUGGAGCUAAUUUGGAAUAUUUUUGCAGUUUUCGUGACUGCAAUUUCCGUGCGAUUUCUCAGCCAAACGUGAAGAACAAACGGAGCUAUUUCUCCUACAAAAAUAAUAUUUUGGGAAAAAUGAACUUUGGCUAUCUACCUGGGAGUCUCGUGAGUGAAAACAUCAGAAGUUCAUCAAAGAUCAUCAGCUCCCUCUUGUUGGCCAUCACCUUAUUUGGACAUGGGUACUUCCACCAAUCAGAAGAAAUAGACAAGAUGCUGCCAGGGAUAGCAGUUCUGUAUGUCCUAGAAGCAGCAACCCUGGUCCUGUCAAUCUUUGGGGUCUAUGGAGCUCGCAAGGAGAAGAAGUGGGCUGUGAUUCUGUUUUCAGUAGGUAUGUCACUGGCCAGCCUAUACCUGUUUGUGGAGUGUGUGAAAGUAUAUCAAGCCAAACACAAGAUGGAGGAGUUAAGCAGAAAGGAAGACCUAGCCAUGAUGCCUCUCAGUGGAGCGAAACAAAACGAUAUAGAACAGAUAUACUACUUUCAAGCUAAUUUCAAAUGCUGUGGGCUCGUACAAGGCUACCAAGACUGGGGCACAGACAUCCCCAUCUCCUGUCUCUGUUCUGAUGAGGACUCAACAGACUUUGAAUGUGUUGCUCGUGGUAACAAUACAAUAUUUGUUAUUCACUAUCCCAACAGUGAUAUGUCUGAGGAUGAUGACCACAAGGGAUUAAUGGAUGAACACAUGCUGGUAUAUAAAGAGCCAUGUCUUCCCAUCCUGCUCUCUUCCAUGGGCUAUGCAAUCAGCCUGAUGAUAGGAACAUUAGUAGCACUGACAGCAUUAUGGGAUGUUGGAGUUGUCCUGGCCAUCACAAUACUCUGCCAGAUGAGAAGAAAGGUUGAUGUGCCACCUGUGAUCUUCACCUCUCAACCACCUCAAUACAGGGAGCUGUGUGACACAGCAGAGAGUGUCUGAAAUGAAAUGGUCCUCUUGUGAAGGAGACUCAAUGCACUAGUCUGAGUGCCAGUCUGUUUGUGCCAUCAUGACAACUCCUGUCACUCAUUUGUGUCAAGCCAAACAUGACAAUGGGUGACAAAGAGUUGACUUGGCAAUGACAGACUGGCACGAUGGCCUUUAUUUAGCUAGGCAAGUCAGUUACAAACAACUUCUUAUUUACAAUGACGGCCUACCGGGGAACAGUGGGUUAAACCGCCUUGUUCAGGGGCAGAACGACCGUUGGCAAGACCACAAACAGAUCUGGGAUCAGGUUAGCAAUGCACUCCUAUUAUGUACAUACUCAUAACACACAUGAAAGGACAACUCAGGACAUUAUUAGACAUCUCUACUGUGUUGUCCAAAGUGUUACUGUUCAACCAUUUAACCGUUGAAGUGCCUAAGUGUUGGUUACAGUGUCUUGAAUAAAGGGACAAUCAUCUUUUAA